AUGCAUCAUUCGUGUGGGAAUGGAACGUGUUGUUCACCAUCAAAACUUUGGCGACAAAUCCAAACGAUUAUACGAACGGGCAAUGAACAAGAAUUUGUACGAUUAUGUGGGGAAGGACGUGCACCACAUGUGGCGCGUGUAUUAUUGACUCAACGACUUGUGAAUGAUCCAGCCAUGUAUCCUGCUUCUCAUAAACAUCGUGUUUUACAAUUUGACUUUUCAACUCAACAAAGACAACAACAAGCUCUUCGUCUCUUUGGUACAUCAGUUCGUGAUCUCAAUGCUUUACAAAUGGCACUCUUCUUACGACAUGAAGUUAUGGCAAGAUCUAUUUUGUUAUUCUUACAACAACAAGUGAAUACAAAAGAUCUUUAUCAAUUUGUGAAUCAUACUUGGGGUCAAAAGAAUACUUCUUUACAUUUGGCUGCUUAUUCCGGCAUGGUUCAUCUAGUACAACUCUUAUUGGAUUGUGGUGCUAACUUAACUCUUCGGAAUACCCGACAACGCGGUCCUUUGGAUGGUUGCACCAACCUUGCUUGUAUUCAAUUGUUACAACAACAACAACAACAACAACAACAAGAUGAACCUUCUCCGACUAUCAUCAAACAACAACAAGAAGAACAACAACAACAACAAUUUACUUUACCACGUACUUCUAUGUUAUUGAAAAAGGCCGUACAACAUGUCUCUGAAUUACCUAUCUUAUUGACAGAAGAUCAUCAUUUAUCCAAACCUCCUUUGGUACUUUCUUCAUCUACUUCGUCAUCUUCUUUUUCUUCCUUAUCUUCCUUGGAUGAACCUUUGUCUCCUAUUGUUCCACCAUCUCCUUUACCACCAGAUCUUCAAGAUGAUGAUGAUGAUGAUGAAGAUGAUCGAUUUUUAAUGAUGAAAAAAACAAGUAUACGAUGUACGACCAAAAAGCAACAACCGAAAAAGUCUGUGCGUUUUCAUCCAGAAAUCAUCUUAUUGGAUGCGUGUAUCCGUGGUGACGUGGAAGAUGUGAUGCAACUUGUACGACAAGAACAACAACAAGAUUCAACAAAAACAACUUGGAUGAUAUUGGAAACAUGGCAACAACAAGCAUCUAUUUAUCAACCAUGCACAUCCAUGCUUCAUUUGGCUCUGUUACACCGACAAGAAAAGAUGGCAAAAUGUUUGAUUUCUCUUGGUGCUGAUGUCAAUGCAAUGGAUCAAGAUGGUUGGACUCCUCUUCAUUAUGCUGCUACUUUACAACUUUGGUCUACUGUGGAAUGUUUGAUUCGUCAUGAAAAAAUUCUCUUGGAUGUCAAAACUCAUAAUGGUUUGAAAGUAUAUGAUUGCCCUCGUGCAUUGGUGGAUCAACGUAGAUGUCGAGGUAUGAUUGAACGCGUUAUCAAGCAACGAAAACAAGGGAUGACCAUGGCUUGUAUUGUUUAGUGACAGUAUUUUUUUUUCUUUCUUUUGUAUCUUUUUUUUUUUUUUUUA